AGCAAAAGCAAAAACAAUAAAACCGGUCAUGAAAAAAUCCCCUAAAGCUUUAGACGCUUAUAAGUGAAGACUGCGCUGCUGUACUGUGUAGAUAAUUGAAGAUUCCACGAAUAGGAGCUGUUGAUUACUAUCUAAACAUAGAUUUGGUUUUCUUAAUCGGAAAUUUCUUGAGGAACUAUCUUAAUUUCUGGAUUUAAAUAUUGCAGGACACCUUUUGAGCUAGACUCGCAUCUAUUCCAUGUAUCAAAUACUUUAAAAACUAGUAUAUUUUCACAGGAGUCUUUGAUGUACUUCAAAAGAUCGACUAUUAACUCCAUACGACCCACCAAUAACGAUGAGUAGCUCAUCCAGCGAUUGCUCGAGCUCUGCAACAUCAGGUAUAUACUGUGAAGGACCUCAAACAUCUCCGACUACAAAUCAACAGGAAAGUUUACAAGAAGAAGGAACUAAUUCUUUAGACUACACCUUGGCUAGAGCGGAUCUACUAGACAAUGAGGAACAGUGUAAUAUUUUACGACGACGUAUUACAGAUUAUGAAAUCAGAAAUUUCAUGGAGGUGUGUAAGAGUCCAGAAUUCUUGGACUUCAACGUCGAACACUUAAGGCGUAUUGUCGAACAUGAUGAUUUGAAUGUAAGCUCGGAGGCGGAUAUUUUUUGGGCCAUCCGACGUUGGUAUAGAUACGAUGAGGAGACACGAAGAUGUCACUUACCAGAUUUGAUUGCCUGUCUACGGCUAACACAAUUCGAUGUCGAUUUCAUAUAUUCACAUAUAAAUACGCUGCCUGGCUGUGAGCUACUCGUGAACAAGGCUGUAGAAUGGUUGCUCCGACCUUGCGCACGUGAUACCAUAACAAUGCGCUACACGAAGGCGCGCAAAGUGCUACAAACCGAAGAAGAAACCUACUGGAUCAUUGUACAAACCCGAGGAGAGCAUAGGUACGUGGACAAAUGUCUUAUCCGCUAUAGCAAAGCUCUAAAUGAAUGGCAGAAGUGGACCGACAUAAAACUGGAGCGCAGUAACUUUUGUGUAGUACAAUUGGAUCAUAUUAUCAUCUGUAUUGGCGGCUUAGAACGUAAUACCAAGCCGAGCAAUCAUGUCAAUCGCUAUAAUUUGAGUACAAAAACUUGGGAGCCAAUGCCAUCGAUGGAACAGCGUCGGGUUUACAUGAGUGUCGCUUGCUUGGAUGGUAAAAUAUAUGUCUGCGGAGGGCAGAAUGAAAAAUACCAAGCUUUGAACACCGUGGAAGGGUUCGACACGAUUGCUGGACGUUGGCAGACUAUAGCUACCAUGUCUGUACACCGCGCCGGUGCAGGUGCUGCAGUCUUGGAUGGCAAACUUUAUGUGAUUGGUGGCUUUAAUCGUGCACAUUUACGGUCUGUGGAACGUUACGAUCCCAAGAAAAAUAUUUGGACACAAUGUGCGGAAAUGAAUGAGGCACGCGGUUGGCCUGGAGUGGCGGUACAUAAUGGGCAUAUUUAUGCGAUCGGUGGUUGGUUUAAUGGCGCAAUGAGAACAGUCGAACGCUACAGCUUGUCCGCUAAUAAAUGGACGACAAUAUGUUGCCUGAAUGUGGCACGCGGUAGCAUUUGUGGUUUGUCUAUGAAUCAGACACUGUGGGCGAUAGGUGGCUAUGGCGAUGGUGCACUGAAGGACACUGUGGAAGUCUACGAUGAUGAAAAUGAUAAAUGGCUGGAACAGAAAAUGUUACCAGAAGCUGGGCGAUAUGUGCAUUAAGUGUUUAAAACUUUGAGUUUGAAAAAUAAAAGU